GUUGUUUGGCUGUACAGUAAAGAUUUCAGAUCUCAGAUUUCAGCAUUGAACGUGUGUUUAUUGUAAAGUCAUGUCUAAAAUCGUCCGUGCUUCUCCUCACAGCGCCUUUGACAAAUCCUGUAUCUUUGUAACUCGUACUGACGUUGGUGGGAGGAUUCCUCAACAAACACCGGGUACUUAACGAGACCCAAGCGCAUUUUACAACAAACAAACCCGGGACACUGUUGUCUGAAAAUGGCAGUGGUUAAAUUCGUGUGCGCGAUUAUAACCAGGUCCUUUUUCAUUCUGGCCGCUCUCAUCGGAGUCUGGAGAGUGAACAUGGUAAAAAAUGACCGUAUGUACUGGUUACUAACUGUCCUUUUUCUUCCUCUGGUUGUGGAGAUGAUCGUUACUUUGAAACGAAGAAAAGGGCAAGAGUACAAAUGGUUUUCCCUACCCAUCUUCUUCUUCCUCAUCAGUAUUAUACCCUCCAUCUGGAUUCUAGAGUUGCAUCAUCAGUUGAACAAGAGUGGUGACCAACAGCAGUGCAAGAAAUUGGACUCUUGGGAUAACAUCAUGAGCAUAGUAUCGUCCGCAAACGGCACAAUGAAUAAUGAAACUCUAAAGCUUCUGCAGCAUGUUCUUAUCAAUGUCUGUCCAAACGACUGGAUCCUUGGUCUUCAUCAAUUUGUACUCAUCCUUCUCAUCAUCGGAAAAUGGCUCCUCCCACUAGGGGGAGGAGUAACUCGUGACCAGCUGUCUCAAUUGUUGCUCAUAUUUGUUGGCACUGCGGGGGACAUUCUGGAAUUCACCAGUGAAACGCUUUCCGAUGUCAAGGAGAUAAACCCAGAGCUGGUGUAUAUAAUUUUGGCUGUUUGGACAUGGAGUAUGUUGCAGUUUCCCUCGCAUUUAGCAGUUGUCACAUCACCACAGAACUCAGAAGAGCUGAAAGAUGGAGACGGCUGUUGUCAUUUUCUAUUGUCAAGACACAGCACUGAUAUUUGGAACAUCGUGGAGAGUUUGUUUAUCCAGGAUGGACCCUUUCUUGUGGUGCGGUUUAUUGUGAUGAAACAAUAUUAUGUGUUCCACCAAAUGUUGCUCUUUUUCACCAUUAAGAACUUUCUGGUGGUCAUCCUGAAUCUCUACAGACUAUUUGUUAUCUGUCAAGAUUUUAGACCAAUAUCAUCUUCCUCUCCCUCAACAAACACUGAGUUAUAACCAACUACCUUAACAGCAAGGGAUCUUGUUAAAUGUGGAUGAUGGAUUGCUUAAACAUAUUAGAAGCACAGAAGAGCAGUUUUAUACCUUUACUUUGACUGUGUUUCCUGUCAAAAUAGGGCCAUAUAUUCUACUACAUGUGUAUUUUAAGGGCAACUGUUUUAAAUUUGUGAACUUGUUAUGAAGCACUUUGUUGUAUGUUGUUUAGUGUUUUACUAUUUUUAUAGGCUAUAUUGGAUUAAUAAUGAAAUAACUGAUUCUCAGUGUCAAAGUGAAUUCUUUAGUCAUUUGUUUGUCAAAUUUUAACAAGGAAACACAUUGCAAAACAACUAUAUAUCUGUGGCACACAUGUAUGUGUGUAUGGGUGUUGCCAUGUAUGAUUAUUUUUUAACAUGCGCACCCUGAUAUGACUUUCUGACACUAGAGUUGGUUAUUCUGAUCUAAGAUCAGUUAUUUGCAUUUGUGGUCUCUGGAAUCAGCAAUUGCCAUGUGACAAUUCAUACAAGGAGGUCUACAUUUUAACCAGAGAUAUACAGUGACCUCUAUAUGUCUGGUUGUUAUCUUGGGUUUUAAAGCAACACUAAAGACUUAUUGCUCUUUGCUCCCCCUACGGGUUAAAAGCGUAAUUGUUCAUUACCACUGUCGUAAAUACUGCAGCAUAGCUGGCUCUGAUUGGAUUGUAGGUCUGCCGUAAAGCAAGUUUUUGUAGUUUUCACUCGAACUACAGAACCACUACCCGACGGUUGGAAACUUCUUUAGUGCGGUUUUAGCCGAUAGAGGGCUACAAAGCGAAUGUGAAAGUGCCAUUCACCCUGUUUUGAGUGGAUGAACCACUGAAACUUUUUUGGAAACGUUAUUUUAAGGUAAAAAAAACUCUUUGGUGUUGCUUUAAUGCCGAUUUUAUAUUUUAAGAAAAAACAAGACUUUUUUUAAAGUCGUCAUGAAAUAAAAAACUGUCAUUUGUUUUGUAAUAUUGUGGUA